AUGAAACUGUUCAGAGAACCUAAAGCUGCUGCAGGUAAUUUUUCUACAAUUUUUGAGACAAGUGGUCUGGAAAAUCAGUUUUCGGAAGGUAUAAAUAUAUUGCUUAUAAUACUGAUAUCAUUUCUUAUUUCACUCAUAGUUCUUGGCAACAGUAUUGUUAUGUUGGCUUUCAUUGUGGACAAAAGACUGAGAAAUCAGUCCAACUUCUUUCUUCUUAAUUUGGCUAUUUGCGAUUUUUUUGUAGGUGCAAUUUCAAUUCCUGUGUAUAUGCCAUAUAUGUUCACUGGGAAAUGGAUGCUUGGAGGAUUUAUCUGCAAAUUGUGGCUCACUGUUGAUUAUACAACAUCAACUGCGUCUGCCUAUAGUGUUGCACUCAUCAGCUAUGACAGAUUUCUUUCCGUGACCCAGGCAGUUUUACAUCGUUCUCUACAAAAAAGACACAGUCAAACUGUUUAUAAAAUGGCAUUAGUUUGGAUAAUUCCCUUCCUCAUCUAUGGGCCAGCGAUUAUUUUCUGGGAGAUUAUCACUGGUACAAAUAAUGUUCCUCAGUACAGUUGUCGUGCUGGGUUCCUUGGCACAUGGUAUUUUCUUAUUGGUGCUUCCUCUUUGGACUUUGUUCUUCCAAUGAUCAGUAUUUCACUGCUAAAUUUGAGAAUCUACUGGAACAUUCAGAAACGCAACAGAAAGAAAAAGAAAAGCUCUUCAUGUCAAACAUCAGAAGAAAGGGCAACAAACGGUAGUCCUUUUAUUAUAGCCACUAACGCUGUUCUAUCUUCUCCCCAAUCAAGUAAGACAAAGGAAAGGGGAAUGGAAGAGGAAUGUAAAUCUCCAGUAAAUAAGAGGGGUGAUGUCUCUAUCACACAAAGUUCUACCAUACCCACCAAAGGCAAUGUCAGUGUGAUGAAACUAAACCGUGACAAGAAAGUUGCUAAAUCUCUUGCCAUUUUGGUUUCAAUUUUUGCUCUUUGCUGGGCUCCAUAUUCAUUCCUUGUGAGUAUUCGUGCUGCCUGCCAUGGGUAUUGUGUUGGUUCCCUCUGGUAUGAAAUAUGUAUUUGGUUGCUAUUCAGUAAUUCUGCUAUUAAUCCAAUUCUAUAUCCCAUGUGCCACAAGAGUUUUAGAAAGGCUUUCAAACUGCUAUUUCAAAAGUGUCUUAAAUGUUUCACAAGUUAA